CCAUACAGUUUUUUUCCCUUUGCUUGAAUAUUAGACCAUCAAAAAUAAUGUCAUUAUUAAAAGCAUAAAUUUCAAUGAGUUUCCUGCCCAGGAUCUUUGUAUCAAAGCUUCUGAUCUGUGUAGAAUCUUGAAAACAAAAAAUGGAAAUGCAUAGCCUACAUCACCUUUGCACAAUUAUGUUUCUUUUUAACGAUAUGACAUCUUUUCCUCUAUAUAUUUACUUUGUAACACGUAAAUCAAUGCUCCUGCACAUAUGGAUGAACAGCGGUUUGAACAUUUAUACUGUAAAUUAUAAGUAUGGCUGAAUAUGUGUGUCUGGGUGUUGGCACAGAUUGCCUACACCAAUGAGAGACUUUGUAGAUUAGUUCAGUCAUUUAUUACUCACUUUAAUUUAAUCUUGAGGAAGCAGAUGUUGUUAGGCCACAAGCACAAUCAUCUCUCACAAUUGGUUAUCUUUUUUUUUUUUACCCCUUUCCUCCCUUUGGUGCUUUCUUCCUUCCACUUCUUGUCAAGGUGCAUGCCUGUGUGCUAGCAUGCAAUGAAGCUAAGAAAGUGAAGGUAAAAAACAAUAAAAAUAAAAAUGCUGGACACAUCUGCUAGGUCAGCUCCAUCUGUAAAAGACAUCAGAAGAGCCAAGAUAACAACUGGCGAAGUACUUAAUGAUGCCUCAUCUGUUUGGUAUUUUCUGUACUGAACGGAUUCAGCUCAGUUAGCUGUCUGCUGUCAUGCUUUUAUUUAAUUUUCCCUCAGCGCACAUGACACAGAAACAAAUGCAUGCAUGUUUGACACUGUAUGCAUUGUCAAACAUGCAUACGGUGCGUUUUGAUACCUUUUAAUCAGCCAGAAGUAUCAACAAGUGAUUGAGAGAGAAUCAAUCACUUGUGGGUGUUCAGUUCUUUUGGGGGAAUGAAAAAGUCUGUGCCAUUUCUUGAAAUUUUCCUGCGUCAUGCAGAUAGUAAAGCUGAUAUCUUUUAACACAACCGAACAGACUGCACAUGGCUUCAUGUGUCCACAAAAAAUAAAGACUGUUAAACAAUGAGGGGUUCCUUUUGGAGGGUCAAACAACACAGCUGGUGGAUGAAAAACAAAUCGUUAAAUUGGGAACCAAACAGCAAGCCACUGUCCCGAACAGUAAUGUUUAUACAAAAAAGAUUGUCUCAAGUCAUUGACUUGUAGCAUUCACUCAACCUGGAUGAGCUCAUUGUGACAGCAGAAAGUCACUUGGGUUUUAUUGAUGAAGAGUGAGAUGCCCCCCUCUAGGAAAGAAAAACAGCCAAAGAGAAUGCCAGACCAGGUGUAGCUUCUACAUAGAGAAAAAUAAGAGAGAUAAAACAAAGUUCACAGCUGAACAAAUGUCAAGUCGUGCAAAUUGGAGAGUGAUGGAAAUUAGAAAAAGUGAUCAGUUUAUCUUCCAGCAGCCUAAGCCUAUAGCACAAUAACGACAGAGAGUUUUCUAAGUACAAAAAAAUCUUUUAAUUUUACCAACAUUUUGAUUCUGAGUGGAAGGGAUGUUAAUGUUUUGGAGUGGCCCAGCCACUUGUCGAUUAUCUCUAGAAACUAGGGUCAUUUCUUGAACCUCUUGGUUCAAUUUUAAACUCUUAAAUAUUAAUCAGCCAGAGGUAUCAACAAUUUUGAGCUAAACUGCAAAUAUGCUGUGUAGUGAAUCAGUUUACAUUCAUACCACUUAUCCUACGCAGAAGAAGAAGUUAAAAUACAGUUAAAAGUUACAGUUUUAUGUAUUGUCUGUAAAACAUAACAAUGCCUUUUCAUUUUUAUAGACCACAUUUAAGGCCACAAAGUGAUAUACAACAAGACACAUUUAACACCUAGCAAAUACUUUUAUGUGCAGUUUUGCUGCUUUUGAAUUUAAGAAGUAACCUAAGGUGGUGGAAAUUGAGAACAGACUCUUUUUUUUUUACUUCAAGAAUAAAUUGGGCUUUGAUAUAUUUAUAAGUUGCCUAAUUGAAACUGUCCUGUCUGUGAGGAAUGACCUUGUUUAAAAUGAGAGUGUAAGCUGGUGUGUGUGCGUGCAUGUGUGAGCACUAUGUGGGGAUGGGGGCAGAGGGAGGCUGGCACGCCCAAGCUAAAGUACUGAAUGACGUCCGUCUGUUGUGUCUUCUGUAUCGGUGCGCCCUGCUAUUGGCGGACUAUUGGAAAAAUAAAGCAAUCAGCGGCGCGCCGUAGGCGGGUGGAUCGCCGGUUGAUAAAUCCAGAUCUCUCUCCCGUGGGCGGGAACGGCAACAGUAGAAGAGCGAAAGUGAGGCGCAUGAGUAGCGAGAGAGAGAAAGAGACGUGGAAGAACCGAGGCUGUGGCGGCGGCUGUGGUUGACCGGGGUCCGCGGAGGGGGCGAGGCGUCCGCCCCUGCAUGCGACUUCAGCCGCGCAUGGACGACCACCUCAGUCUCCUGCAAUCACCCCCGCCGAGCGCAACCAAAACCAGAGGCGACAACCUGGUGAACCACGGCUACACCGAGACAGAGACCGACGUGAUGACGGUCGUGGCGUGUGACAACAUGCUGGAGGAGUCGGCGGCUUUGCCGGGGCACCACUCUCUGGACCGAUACGAGCCGGACCAUGAGUGCUGCGAGCGGGUGGUCAUCAACAUCUCAGGGUUGCGCUUCGAGACGCAGCUGAAGACGCUGUCACAGUUCCCAGAGACGCUGCUGGGGGACCCCAAGAAGAGAAUGAGAUACUUCGACCCCCUCAGGAACGAAUACUUUUUUGAUCGGAACCGACCCAGCUUCGAUGCCAUUCUUUAUUACUACCAGUCAGGCGGGCGCAUCAGGAGACCUGUUAACGUGCCCAUUGACAUUUUUUCUGAGGAGAUCCGCUUCUACGAGCUGGGCGAGGAGGCUAUGGAGAAGUUCAGAGAGGAUGAGGGCUUUAUUAAGGAGGAGGAGCGGCCGCUGCCUGAUAAUGAGUUUCAAAGGCAGGUGUGGCUGCUCUUUGAGUAUCCAGAGAGCUCGGGUCCCGCCCGGGGAAUCGCGAUAGUGUCAGUCUUGGUCAUUCUCAUCUCCAUUGUCAUCUUCUGCUUAGAGACGCUGCCGGAGUUCAGGGACGAGAACAGGGACCCGAUCACCAUUGCGCCUCUUAUAAAUGGCACGCUGCCCUAUUUCAUUAGCCCCUUCUCAGACCCCUUCUUCGUGGUGGAGACGCUAUGCAUCAUCUGGUUUUCAUUCGAGCUGUUGGUGCGCUUCUUUGCAUGCCCGAGUAAAGCCACGUUCUCCAAAAACAUUAUGAACAUCAUUGACAUCGUUGCCAUCAUUCCCUACUUCAUCACCCUGGGCACGGAGCUGGCAGAGAGGCAGGGGAACGGACAGCAGGCCAUGUCUCUGGCCAUCCUGCGCGUAAUCAGGCUCGUUCGGGUGUUUCGCAUCUUUAAGCUUUCGCGGCACUCCAAGGGCCUCCAGAUUUUAGGGCAGACUCUAAAGGCCAGCAUGCGCGAACUGGGGCUGCUCAUCUUCUUCUUGUUUAUCGGGGUCAUCCUCUUCUCCAGCGCUGUCUACUUCGCCGAGGCAGACGACCCGGAAUCGGGGUUCAACAGCAUCCCGGACGCGUUCUGGUGGGCGGUCGUCACCAUGACCACCGUGGGUUACGGGGAUAUGCACCCCGUGACGAUCGGGGGCAAGAUUGUGGGGUCCCUGUGCGCGAUCGCGGGUGUGUUGACCAUAGCGUUGCCCGUGCCCGUCAUCGUGUCCAACUUUAACUACUUCUACCACAGAGAGACUGACGGGGAGGAGCAGGCGCAGUAUCUGCACGUGGGGAGCUGUCAACCCCUGGCGGACACGGAGGAGCUGAGGAAGACUCGGUCUUCCUCCUCACUCAGUAAAAGCGAGUACAUGGUGAUAGAGGAGCACGGGAUCAACAGUGCGUUCAAGCAGCAGCCAAACUUCCCGACCACCACGACCACCGCUCAGAACAACUCUCAGAACUGUGUCAACAUAAACAAAAAGAUCUUCACCGACGUGUAGCCAGCUUUACAGUAAAUUACCCCUGGGCACAGGAGGACGUGAUGAGUCAAAACUUAUAUGCAGCAGCGUUUGGAAGCAACGGCAGAUAAAAUGAGAGCGAAAGGGGGGGGAUAAAAAUGGGCACAACCCAUCUGUUUUAAAGAGAUGCUUUGUGCGCCAUUCCAACAAUUUGGAUUUUUUUAAAAUCUAUAUAUUUAAGUAAUUCUUGCUUGCAAAAAGAGAACGAGCUCCACCUUCACAUCUACUGUUGUUCUCUGAAUGAGCGGUAACGAACCUGCUGUGCGCCGUGCAGUGACCAGUAUGUUAAGCACAUUACAACAGGUAGAGAUAAAAGCUGUAUGACUGUGAAAGACGAGUACAAGUAGAUACUUCUGAGAAAGGACGCUCACACGGUGUUAUCAUGCGUCAAGAGUCGUGAUUCGACAGUAAUAGCCUAUAUGUUUAAUAUUCGGAGUCAUUUAAAUAUGUGUAGCCUCUGUGUGUGGUCAAGCAGAAAUCAUGUCAGAAUGACGUAGUCCAGCAUAAUAUAUAUCUAUGUCAUAUAAACCGUUUUGUGGAAUACCUUUAUUGUGCGUUAAAGUCUAGUCUAAAUACUACUGUCUUAAAAAAAAUAAUCCAUAGAUAUAAAUUGUCUUGGUAGGCUAUUUAAUGCGUAAGCAGCUCCACGUAAACCACCAGAGUCAAGACGGCCGUCAGGGUCUCAUUAUAGAUACUAGACACACGUGAGGAGGGAGAUAAAAUAGGGCGCGUUCUCCGAUCAAAGAUGGGGCGCGUUUCUCUUGUGGUAACCUCAAAUAUAGCCCGCUGUGAUGCAGUCUCCAUGGUGACGCGUGUUUCCUCGGUAACCCUUCCCCCCUCCCCAAGUCACCGUUGCCAUAGCAUCACUGUUUCCACAGUAACCUCCCAGAUGGUUUCAAAGCUAUAUUGGAGAUUCUAGUGUGAGUGGCUUGUCUUUUCGGUGUCUUAAUCAAUCAGACCAAAACAUAUUCAGAUUCAACGACUGUUAAAGACUGCCGGUACAAAACAAAAUAAAAAUUAAAAAACUCAGUGAAGACCUGAACUGGUCAACAAUCCCGAGCCACGACUCAAAACGGUGUUGUGGUGGGAGACUGAAAGGAAGAGGCAGCGUGUGAAGAAUUAUGAAUGGACUGGGAAUACGUUGCACGACUGUCCCGAGUGCACUACUGCGGGUGGCCAUUGGAGGAUGCUGUUCCACUGACAAAAAAUGGUGAAAGAAUUUGUUUCUGCUCAGACGUCCCGGAUCCCCUGAUGAUCUCAUUUCAGUUGCCUCCCUUCAAGGAUGCAGAGACUUCGUUCUGGUUCUGUUGGACUGGAUAGGCCUGGUGGAUUUGAUCUACUUCCCCUGCCUUCUUAAUUUCAACGGGUGCCCUCCAAUUGGUGACUAGUAAUUCUCCCACUUUUCAAUUCAAAAUGCAUAAUCAACAGGCACAUAAAGCUGUUCUCAGAACAUUUUGUAGCACACAGUUUGGACUUGAUACUCUAUGAAUGGAGCCUUUGCAGGGUCAAAGGUCAUUUAGAUGUAAAAAAAAAAAAAAUCAUCUGGACAUUUUCUAAAUGGCAUACAAUAGUUAAGCACAGCAAACUGCCAGCAUUUUUGCAAAGCACCUUUCACUUUACGGGGACUUUGUUUUUUUGUUUUUUUUAAACUUUGUUUUUUAUUUAUUUUCCCCCAAAGGUGAUAAUAAUCAUGGACAAUAAAAAAUAAGAAAUAUUUGAAAGCAAGUUUUAAAAAGAAGUGGCAAAAAAAACUGAGUCCAUCUGUGAUUUGACUGAUAUGAAACUGUGAUACCAAUCAAAGACUGUUAGCCAUAUGCCUUUGUUAUAUGUGUGUGUUCUGUAUUGCUAAAUAUGUGAAACAGACACAUUCUCAUGUGUGCUGGUUGCUGCUAUUCUUUUGACGUAUUCAUGAACAACAACACAAAUGCAUUUAGGCACAUGUCAAUACAGACACUUUAGACAUAUACACACAAACACACACUUGUUUACAUGUCUCAGCUCUAUCCCAGAGUGCACUUUGGGGGGUUUUUUUAUUGUUGUUUUUCCAUUUGGGAUAGAGCAGAAUAUUGACAGUUGAAGGCUGUGUGUGCCUGGAUUUAUUCUGCGUUGUUGUGCACUGUCUUCAACAUGACCCAUAUAAAGAGAUUA